GUGGUGUCGUCCGUCGUCAAUUUUUCAAGAAAAUAUUUGUUAUUGUACUACAAUAAUGUAUUUUGUCAAUGAAAACCAUCUAACCAUUAAGUAUUAGUAACUUAAUUUUAAUGAAGAAUUAAUAAUUGUUCUUUGCUCGUAGUAAAUCCGUCGUAUUUCAAUUGUUUUGAUGCCGUUCACCUAUAUUGAUUUAUCGUAUGCCAGUGACCUGUUUUUAGUAUUUGUAAUGUAUAACUCAUAAAUAAUUAAUUUAUCAUCAUUAGAAGCAACAGUAGGGCUAAUUAGAAAUGAAGUUUUGAUUAGAAAUUCUUUGCAAGAAAUCGUGAUGUGGCCGAAGUUAGUGAGACUGGCAAGUGUCCGCAAUUAUUUUAUGUGAUAUCGAAUUUUAUAUCAUUUGGAACGUUCCAAAAGUUUUUAUAUCGUUAUGGUGUGUAUGUUCUACAAUGAUGACGCCUAUUGAGGAGAAGAAAGAUGAAAAGAUACGUACAGGCAUGGUGCAGGUCUCGGACGGCAAGUCCCGCCCGAGGCCGGCGCGGCUGGUACUCACGAUGGAUGCGGUGACCGUACAGCGCGAGGCCCCCGUGCCUGUGCAGCCGACCAAGGAUAAAAAUGUGCCACAUGCUAGGGAGCGAAUGGUCCAAAUUACGCGGCAGAAGGUUGGUGGUUUGGGGCUUAGCAUAAAAGGUGGUGCUGAACAUAAAUUGCCUAUCCUCAUUUCAAAGAUAUACAAGGACCAAGCGGCAGACCAGACCGGCCAGCUGUUUGUCGGAGACGCUGUUAUUAAAGUUAACGGAGAGUACAUAACGGCGUGCAAGCACGAUGAUGCGGUGAACAUACUCCGGAAUGCAGGAGACAUUGUCGUGCUCACUGUCAAGCACUACAGAGCCGCGACACCUUUCCUGCAGAAACAAGCGGACGGUGCGUCAGACACAGACAGCAGUACAGGUGACGACCACCCGUCACUACACAACAAGAACGUAGACGCUAACUGCAAUACUGAGAAGAACACUGAACAAACUAAUGGGGGUUGGCAGAGCGCGUGGGGCGAGUGCGAGGAGGGCGCGGCGAGCCGGCCGGGCAGCGCGCCGGGCUCCGCGCGCGGCUCGCGCCCGCCCUCCGUCGCCUCCGACGUGCCCGACACCAACCGGGACUGGCGGGACGUCGUCUCCGUUCCAUUGAUGAUGGGUUACGUCACAAGAUACGUGCUAGGAACAGAUAAACUACGACCUGGUGCGUUUGAGGUUCGUGGUGCCCGUCCUCAUCUAACGACGGGAGUGAUCCACGCAGAGGACCCGGCGGCUCUUUCUCAGUGGUUAAAAAGUAUUUCAGACAACAUUGUAGGACUUACUAAUCUGCAGAUGAAAUUGUUCAACCGUCACUUCGGUCCGGGCGAGCGCAUCGAGUACAUGGGCUGGGUCCACGAGGGAGUAGUACAAGCUCAGCAACCCUGGCAGACUUACAGACCCAAGUUCCUCGUACUCAAGGGAACUGAUGUUAUGUUGUUCGAUGUUCCACCCAUGUCGAGUACAGAGUUGGCGAAAUGUCCAGAGAGCCUGAAGGUCUACCAGACGAUGUUCCGUACGGUGAAGGAGAGCGAGACGGUGGACUGGCGCCAGCACUGCUUCCUAGUACAGAGCUCGGCGCCCGGGCCGGCCGGGGCCGCGCCGCCCGGGCCCAGGUACUUCAGUGCCGAGACCAGGCAGGAUCUACUCAGGGUCGAGGCCGCAUGGACCACCAACAUUGUCAACUCUGUUAUACGACUCGGGAAGAAGACAUUCACAGUAGUACACAUGGGCCGCGCGGCGGGACUGACGUUAGACUGGGCGGCCGGGUUCUCACUCAGUGAGGGCACGCCCGGGGCCAAACCUGUUUGGGCGUACCGGUUUUCUCAACUCCGAGGAUCCAGUGAUGAUGGCAAAUCAAAAUUAAAACUACACUUCCAAGACUCUGAGACUAAAGUUAUUGAAACGAAGGAACUAGAAUGCCAGAUCCUACAGAGCUUAUUGUUUUGCAUGCAUGCGUUCCUGACUGCGAAGGUAGCCUCUGUCGACCCCGCCUUCCUCGCGUCCAUACAACAGUCCAAUUAGAACCUUAUUUCAAUAAGUACAAGGUUGGUUAUUCAUUAUUUUAGAAUUGGGCAUACUAAUGGAUCACGUUGGUAUAAUACAAAGUAGGGUAAUAUGUGAGUGUUCAUGAGUUUGUAUCUUAAAGCAUGAAUGAAGUAAAUGCGAACGUGUGGCGUUUGAAGUGAAAUAAUCCAUUAGUGUCCCAAAUAAAAACUGUUCAGUUUGACUCAGUUCUGUAUCACUUUGUUUUGUACUCAAUGUAUGAGGAACUUACAACGUGUAUGACGGGUUAGUAUAAAGCGGUUUUGGGUUAUUUAAAUUCCCAUAUUUGUGAUAUUGAAAAGAUCUAUUGAAAUAACGAAGUCCGAAACGAAACAAUUAAGGUCAAUAGAGUAACUUCCGAAGAUGGUUUACUUGAUGUAUAAAGCGGAAUGAAUAUUACUUUAGUUAAAGGCCUAAACACUUAGAACCCAAACAGCGAAUGUUGAAAGACUAAAUUAUAAAUGUAGCACUGUUGUCUCUUACAAAUCUAUUUUUGAAUCUUACUUCUAUCGUUAUUAGGGUGAAAUUUGCAAAAUACCCUCGUCUUCCCUGUAUAUACUUUCUAGAAUCUUCUAUUAAUUGCUUGGAGUCUUUAACACAAUUUUUCUCCAGACAAAAUCACAUUUCAGAACUUCAUAGAACUGAAUUUUAUAUUCUAUAGAUUUAUUUACAUUUCUGAAAGUAAAAUAAUUUAUGUCAUAGUUUCAACACAAUAAAACAGAUAUCUUCCAGAAACCCAUUUUCAAAAUGAAGUAAGUAGUCCCAAUAUUUUAAUUUAAGGUUAUCCAUUCCGAUCCAAAGUACCUUAAACGCUGAUAUAAAACACAUUUUAAUAAUAAUAUCUAACUUAAUGACGAUCGACAAAUAACUAUGUAAUAAUUAGUAUUUACUAAUUACUUGAAAUACUACAUACAAACCCAUUUGUAGUUUAUAUUUGUUACACUGUAAUAAUGUAACAAAAUGGAGAUGUCUCUAUAAAAAAUAAAAUAUCGAUAUAUACAACAAUAUCGAUAAAAACCAUAAAUUUUUAUUGGAAUCAAAUGAUUGGCUUGCACUUUUUUGCAACCAUUUAAAAAAACAAAUGCGCUUUUAAAUUAUAAUGUAUGAAGAAUAAUGAUUCUCACGAAUCUAAUUCUCAUAAGUCCAAUUUAUAAAAUUUCCUAAUACUAUCGAAUUGCUAAAUAAUUGGCGACGCGCGAUUACAAAUAAUAUGCAUAUAGCUGCAUUUUUACUUUGAUUAAUAAAUAAACUUUAAACUAACUUUAGUUCGGAAUUAUUUCGAACAAAUUACAUUCUUAAAGUUUUUUUAAAUAUUCAGCCUAAAUUGCUAUACGGCAAAGAUUAUAAGAAAAUGCUUAUCGAAAUACGGAAGCAAUUGUUUUCGACAAAAUCGUUAUGAAUUCAGAAUAAAGAAGUGUGAAUUCGAUAGUAAAUCGACUAAAUACUCAUUUUAGUAACAUAGAGUACUCAACACACCAAAGAUUUUUAAUGUUUGAUCGUUCAUAUUGUUAGCGGUAGACAUGUGUACGUGAUAUAUUCUCGAAAGAGGCUAUUUAUUGACUGAAAAGUAUCGAAGGUAGGCAUGGAAUGUACUUAAUCGAUACAUGGAUUUAUUAUCGUGAACAUUCGAAGCGUAUAUUUAGAACCAAUGUAAUUUCCACACAGUUGAUGACGAAUGAGCUGUGAAGCAUUGGCUCAAUGUCAGCUGAGUAUUCAUCUAUCGAACUGAGUACAUGUUCCAUGUAUAAGCGUGUAUAGGUAUUAUUAUAUUAGAAAUAUUUAUUAUAUAAAAUAUAUAUUAUAAUUAUGAAACAUUUUAAAUUGUUUGAAAUUGGUAAACUUUGCGCUUGCUUCAUAUCAUUAAAUUUAAGUAAAUGAAUUAUAUCGUCGCCACUGAUAUGUUAUCGAAAUCAUAGAUUUUCUUAUACAGGGUGUUGUUUAGUGGCUGUUUGAGUUUCUACAUAUUCUAAAUGACUUUAUUUAAUGUUGUCUUUUAUUGCUGAAGUAAAACUUCCUUAAGAAGAAUCAUCUUAUUGCUGCUGCAGCUUAUAUAUUGUUUACGUCUUCGUAUAGAACAACAACUUACAUAGCCACUAAGUAAACACCACUCUAUAUAAUUUGUUGAUAUAAAUUUUAUAUUUUAUCUGUAAAACUUAUCUGCCUUGAGGCUCUAUUUAAUAUAGUACUGUGUAGAUCUAUUGAUUAUUUUAAAUUUAACUAGUU